AUGGAAUCAAAAAGCAAGGAAUCAUAUACCGAACCACCCUCUGAAAGUGAGAAACAUCACUUUAGCCCGUAUGAAAAGCGGCCACAUGGAGAUUUACUUGGGCAGCAAUCCAAGGAUCGGACAUACUUUGACUCCGGUGAUCUCGCUCUUUCAGCGGCCCACCAAGUAACAAACAACGGCGCUAUUCAAACAGGCAAAGCGCAUCCCCAUCGCGAGAGCAUCUCGAGCCCGUAUUCCCCGGUCCCAAGCACCAGUAAUGUUGACAAGGAUGCCAACGAGGGCUUGCAUAGGAAGAUGGCAAGUCUAGAAAAGAAAGGUCCUCUAUAUCAGCACACUGAUAUUGAAUAUGAAGCCCCUACAAACAAAGGGGAACAGGGUAAGUGA